UAACCUGGCAGCUGCAUUAUUUUGCCAACCCCCAAACCAUACACAUAAAAUUCCAUCAUGAAAAACAAAUAAAAUGUAACACACUGACCCAAAUAAUCUGAGAGAAGAGGCUGAGAUGGAGAAUGAUGGCAACACAUCCCUCAACAAAGGGGCGUGGAGCGCCGAUGAAGACGCGACGCUCGCCCAAUACGUCGCCCUCCACGGCCCCAAGAGGUGGAAAUGUGUGGCCAUCAAAUCAGGGUUGAACAGGUGUGGUAAGAGCUGCAGGUUGAGAUGGCUCAACUAUCUUAGACCUGAUGUGAAAAGAGGCAACUUUUCUGAUGCUGAAGAGGAUUUGAUUCUUAGAUUGCAUAGGCUCAUAGGAAAUAGGUUCGAAUAUAUUUUCCCCUCGUUGGAAAUUCGUGUGUGCGCGCGUGUGUGUGGCAUGCAUGACUCAUAUAGUGUGUGUGUGUGUAGGUGGUCGUUGAUCGCCAAGAGAAUCCCUGGGCGAACUGACAACGAGAUCAAGAACUACUGGAAUGCUCAUCUGAGGAAGAAAGAAAAGUUAAUGGAGAAGUUACCUGCAAUUUCGCUAGCUGCAAUGAAGGAGAAUCUUUGGAGUGAGGAGGCCAGUAACGGAACAGAGAGUCAAGAGACGGAAGACAUCGGAGGCGGAAACGAGGAUGGAGACGACGAUGAAUCCUUCGAUGUCUCAGCCUCUGAAUUGAAUUGGGUUAAAAGUUUUCUUGAACUCGAGGAAGAUGUAUGAAUGCUGCUGUAAUAGUCCUGUAGACAGUAGAGUAUGAAAAUUUGAUGUGUAAUUCAAU